AUAAGCUCAUGAUUGACUCUGCCCGCAAACAUUUCCCAAGCAUCCCGAAAGAUGUGGUCGCGUUGCAGACCAAUCAACUCGAUGCUUGCAAUGGCCACUAUGUGGACAUCACGGCUGAAAUAUGGGACGAUGGCAUUGACUUGCUUAACGUCGUUGAGGUGACUCGGCGUGCGGAAAUGACAUCGGCGCCAAGUCAGGUUAACGAACAGGACAGCUCGAACGAUGACAAAGUCACAAUCAAAGUUGUUCUUCCAUCUGGCGAGAUUCAGACUGCUGAAAUCUCGAGGGGAAUGCGGGUGGAACAACUUGUUGCUGAUGCUAUGCAGGCAUUUAGUCUUACCCCUAUCGAGGUAGCUUUGAGUUUUGGGGUAAUGAUGGAUGCGGAGCGAAGUAUCGGAUCGUACGACAUCAAAGAUGGUGACUGCAUCAAUCUUCGAUUUUAUCGGCCUCGGAAUCGGAUACUUGUUAAAAAACCAGUCAUUUAUCUAUACUCGCCCUUCGAUAUCGAUGCUUCUAUCAAGCUCUCCCUUCUUCCCGAGUGGAGCCUCUCUGUCAUCUAUCCCAUUGUUACCGCAGGAGACCACGGACAUCGUUUAGAAUGGAAUGUCCACACCCAUCAAGAUGGGAGUCUGACUGAGCGUAAUUCUGGGUUAGACGUGUCGUACUUGUUUUGGGAGGCGGAGACAAAUGUGCAAGCAUUUCCCCGGUCACCAGCAUCCAAACCGCAACCAGUGGAUACAUUCAAUCCAAUAUCCAGCAGUCUCAAUGAUAUGGAUUCAAUUGUCAUCCCAGUGGACAAAGCAACAGUUUACCUCGAUAAAUCACUCAAGGUUUUGGGACUUCACACCGAAGCUAGAACAUCAUUCAUAACAUACUGGCUAGCAUCUAUCCUUAAACACGAAUACAUUGCCCUCCGAUUUGUCCCUCAAGCGGCAUAUGAACGCGCCGCUUCUUUACGCAUUUCUCCGCAGCCUGAUGUCGUGACUCGUAUAUUCAUGUUGUUCAAAGGUAUCUGUAAGGGGCACUUAGCAAAUUGGGUCAACGCACAAAUGCAAGCAGAGAAAGACGUUGCUUGGUGGGUGGAUGUAGUUGGAGUUGAUCCUACAAGAGCUGGUGAUGCGACUUUGUUCAGGGUGUUGGAAUGGGGCGGGAUGGAGGUUCUCAUCUAAUAUUCUAUCAGAUUACUCAAU